AUGGGUUCCAGUGACCUUGGUGAGUUGCCCGGUCCGAUUCAAUUACUUGUAUGGACUGGCAGUUCAUAUGUACCACAGCUGGCCUUUUCAUCCGUAGCCCUUGUAGUGCCGAUCAUCAUGCUACGACGAUAUAGGCGUGGUGUCACUCCCAAGCUUCUACAAGAAGCUACUGCACCUCCUCGGCGAGGGCGAGGAUCAUCAACGCUGCCCGUUUCGUUGCAUUCACCUGCAAUACGAUCCCGCCCUGCCUCACAAACGGUACUAAAGGAGGUUCCUACUCAGUCUGCCGCCUCCGAAAACAUCUAUAACCCUGAACAAUUUUUCAACGGUCCUCUGUACACCCUCAAAGCCCUUAGCAUCGCUACUGCUCUUGUGACGCUAGGUGCCACAGCCUCUAUUUGGGGAGUAAUGAAAACUCUCAAUGCCCGUGAUGCCAACGAGUUUGCGGAACGUAUGCGCCAUGCGGUGCUGACCAAAUUACCCGUCCUCUCAUACCAAAUAUAUCGUCCAGCUGAAACCCACCAGGACGAUGGUAAUGAUUCUGCGCUGACAGAAAACCCUGUUUCUGAACUUGUGAGAUGGAAUUGGCAAGAAGCAGAGGACCGCCUUAGAGAAGCGUUCGACAAGGGAGGGUUUAAUAGUUGGGCAUCAGCUGCUCUAGUAGAGGUGGAGGCAGAAGCAACGGUCGAAAGAGCAAGAAGGGGUUUCACUCAAGCCCAGGACAAGCCGACUAGUUGA